UCGAUCAGUUUAGAUCUUUUACAUUUUUUCGGCUUGUUCGAGUAAAACUUUCAUUUGUAUUUCGUACACAUUUAACGCAUACUGAUCGUGGAAUAAACCGAGUGUGUAAAACUUCGACGAAAAUCGCAGCAAAAAGUCAAAAUCACAAUCCAAAUAAGUUUCAAAAUCGCGGAAGAAAAAAUGUCGACCGCAAUUCUAUAUUUAUAGUCUGAAGUAUAAUGAAACGAUUUCGUAUUUCUACCAUGAAUGUGAAAUAUUAGAAAUGUGUCAUUUUCAAACGGGCAUUUCUUUAUGUGAAAAGCAUUUUUUCGAAACAAAGUGAUUUGAUGCAGGAAAAAAUAUUUUCAUGUAUCAUCGAUUUAAAGUGUACAGAAAAAAAUUAUCUAGUGUUAGCUUUGUUGUUAUUCAAAAAUAUUCAAUUUAUUUGUUGUUUUGUGAAGCUAAAAUCACACUCUUGUUUUGAAACAAUGAACAAUUGUCAAAUAUCGUCGUGAGAUCAACAACACAUCAGCCAAUACAAAAAAAGGCGCACCUGAAAUGAAACGAUCAUCAUGUCUUGGUCGAUCGGAACGGUAUAUACUAGACCGUGGUUUUGGCGAAAGGGCAAUCGAGUAUCAACGGAAAGUGAUUCAUUAACAAUUAGAAUAGGUAGUAUUGAUAACUGUGAUAGUAAUGAUGCAACACAAAAAGGAACAUCGUCUUCGGUGUCCAUCACAACACCAACACCAUCGACCAAAAGCAAAAGGGGUUUAUUCCGUACGAAGCCCCACAAAAAGAAUAAAACCAAACGACCCAUUGCCAAUAAUCGUGUUAAAUCUACCAAUUAUACGCUCAUCACAUUUUUACCAAAGAAUCUGUGGGAACAAUUUCAACGUAUUGCAAACUUCUAUUUUUUAAUUAUGACCAUUCUUGCAAUUAUCAUCGAAAUAUGCGGCGAAAGUCCAGUGUCAAAGUGGACGUCAUUAAUCCCAUUGAUAUUCGUCAUAAGCGUUACAGUAAUUACACAAGGAUAUGAAGAUUAUUUACGUCACAAAGCCGAUAACCUUGUCAAUCGAUCUCCCGCAACUGUCAUUCGUAAUGGGAUCGAAAUUGAUAUUAAGUGCGAAGAUAUUUUACAAGGCGAUCUUGUAAAAGCGUCCCGGGACUGUGACAUCCCAUGCGAUUUAGUAUUGUUGAAAACAAGCGAUCCAGACGGAAAAUGCUAUGUUACGACGGCCAAUUUAGAUGGUGAAACUAAUUUGAAGACACUUUUCGUUCCGAAAGGUUUUCCAAACGAUGUUUCAAUUGAAAAACUUCACAACAUUGGUUCAAUUGAAUGUGAACAUGCCUUGGCCGAUUUGUAUACAUUUAAUGGGCGACUAGAAGUUGGUCCAACGUUUUUUUGGCGUCAACACCACGAACCGACGUUCACAGAUACAUUGCGGCGGCAUAAGCGCACACUUCCAUUAACAGCUGAUCAUCUGCUUCUGCGUGGAUCACGAAUGAAAAACACGGAAUGGGCGAUCGGAUGUGCCGUUUACACCGGACAAAAUACAAAACUUGCUUUGAACGGAAAAGUGUUUCGAUCAAAAACAAGCUCAAGUGAACGUUUCAUUAAUCAAUUUUUGAUAUUUUUCGUGAUCAUAAUGUUUACGCUUGUUACCUUCUGCUUUGGCAUGGAAAUAUACCACGAUCAAGAAAAGUCUGUACAUAAUGUGUAUUUGGGUGAUUUAACAAAGGAUUCCGAAAUGUUGGUGGCAAAAUAUAUAAAACAAUAUUUAUCAUUUUUGAUUCUAUUCAAUUAUUUAAUACCGAUAUCACUCUAUGUUACCAUUGAAUUGCACAAAUUUUUCGGUGCAUGGUUUUUGGAAUGGGAUUUGAAUUUAUUCGAUGUUGAGAUGAACCAGCAGUGUCUGGUGAAUACGUCAAAUUUGAACGAUGAAUUGGGUCAGGUGAAAAUUCUAUUUUCCGAUAAAACGGGAACGCUCACCAAAAACGAGAUGAUUUUGCAACAGUGUUCAAUCAACGGCAAAAAGUAUAAAAUCCAAAAUUUUGGUGUACAACAAGAAAAUGGCACUAGUACUAUGAGAUUGCCACAAUAUGAUCCGUAUAUGCGAAACUUUUUUCAAACUCUAUCUCUGUGUCAUACGGUACAAGUAAGUACGGCCAAAUCGGAACAAAAGAAGGAUAAAAACAGCGACGAAGUUGAGUCCACAUUUGAAAUUGUUGAAUCGUCCAGUUCAUUGGUCGAAAUUGAUGAGGAUGUCAAACGAAAAGAGGAAACUGAACAAAAUACUAAACAAAAUGAAGUUUGUUUACCAGAAAGUCCAAUUGAUGAUGAUUGUCCGACCGUACAAAUUCGCCGUGAGCAUCGUCGGGUGGCAAGUACAUCGAGUGGAACUCGUAAGAUUAGCUUUAGUACAGAGCAAAAAAUUGCAUACCCGAAAAAUCUUGCAUUCGGACCGCGAGAUUUUUCACCAAAAAUACCAUCACCGCUGACUGUGGAGCAGCCAUUUUCAUUUCGACCCGAAUAUAAACGAACAAUGUCUAUAAAAGUUGGUGCAGCUCAAGAACGUAUUAAAUUUGGCCAUCGUCGAACGCAAUCGUUGAAUGUGCCGGACAGUCAACUGAAUCAAGAUACGGGAAAAAAUGAUCUACGAAAAAGCAUUUUCAAUCGAAGCUCGGCCAAUAUUGCCAAUACACGUGAAUUUUAUGCAGCACCCGCAUACAAUGAAGCUAGCUUACUGGUACGACAGGAAUCAAUGCGACUAUCAGCGCAUUCCAUUGAAAGUGUGACCGCACAAUUAGAUUACCAGGCGUCCAGCCCAGACGAAAAAGCAUUGGUGGAAGGUUGUGCAAAAGUUGGCUAUUUAUUUAUGGGCGAGAAAGGUGGCUUUCUGAAUGUUAAGCUACAAAGUCAACGGCCAACUAAAGGAUUGUCAACCAAUGAAUGUAAUGUGGAGCGAUUAAACACACUUGAAUUCACAUCAGAUCGCAAGCGUAUGAGUGUUAUUAUUAAAGAUGGAAACGAUGAUAUUUGGUUAUACACAAAAGGUGCUGAAAGUCAUGUAUUUCCAUUGUGUCAAACCACACAGUCACAAACCGAGUUGUUGAAAGUAACGCAGCAACAUAUUGAUGAUUUUGCCAAAAUUGGCCUGAGAACGUUAGCCGUUGCACGACGUAAAUUAACUUCCGAAGAAUAUGAUCAGUUUAACAUUGAUAUUACAAAUGCAAGCAAUGCUCUGGCCAAUCGCAAAACAUUGGUUGAGGCUGUACAAGCCAAAAUAGAAAAAGAUUUAGAAAUACUUGGUGCAACUGCCGUGGAAGAUGCAUUACAAGACAAAGUCAAAGACACACUUGAAUCGCUUCGAUAUGCGGGCAUUAUAGUUUGGGUUUUAACGGGUGAUAAAAUCGAAACAGCAUUAAAUAUAUCCAAAUCAUGUGGUCACAUGCCGGACAGUGCUGAAACAUUUUUCAUAACUGAAUGCAAAGAAGAAUUUCAAAUUCACCAGCACAUGGACUUACUAGAUGAGCAACUCAAGCUUUAUCCAUAUCGUUCUUAUUCGUUGCUGCUGGACGGAAUGAGUUUGAGUCUUGUGAUGAAACAUUGUGCCAAGCGUUUUCGUGAUUUGGCUAUGAAAUGCCAGGCAGUAUUGUGUUGCCGAUUAAGCCCGUUACAAAAGUGUGAAGUGGUUAAAUUAAUGAAAACCCUUCCGGGUGAACCAGUAACUGCUGCAAUCGGUGAUGGUGCCAACGAUGUGUCCAUGAUUCGUGAAGCACACGUUGGCCUCGGUAUAUUUGGUAAAGAAGGACGACAAGCGGCUCUCUGUUCCGAUUAUGCAUUUACACAGUUUCAUAUGCUGAAAAGAGUUCUUCUAGUUCAUGGACACUUUUUUUCGUAUCGAUUUUCGAUAUUGGUGUUGUAUUUUUUCUACAAAAAUCUGGUCUUCAUGCUCAUGCAGGUUUACUUUCAAAUAAAUAAUGAAUAUUCUGCGCAAAGCAUCUAUCACACAUUAUUCAUGACACUUUACAACGUGAUGUACACAUCGAUGCCAAUACUUUUGCUAUCAAUCACAGAGAAACCCUAUCAUGAAGAGCAGCUGCUGAAAAGUCCAUCGCUGUACAAAGAGAACGCGGGCAACAAACGUAUUACGUGGAAAUAUUUCUUGGCCUGGAUUACAUUGGCCGUUUGGCAUUCGCUUGUGAUUUAUUUCAGCAGCUUCCUAAUAUGGACGGAAAAUAAUAUGAAAACAAAUGAUCUCGAUUCAUUUGGUGCAUUCAUUAUUCACAGCGUUGUGUUUGUGGUCACAAUAAAAUUGUGGCUCACUGCACGUUAUCAAACACUCAUAUUUAUGUUGGCCAUUUUGGCAUCAGUUUCUGCAUUUAUACUAUCAACACUAGUUUGGAAUUGGUUGCCAUUUUCUGGUCCAUAUUCUUUGUAUCGUGUUUACAAUAAUCUUUUGAAUUCUCCCGAAUUUUGGGUGGAAACGGUACUGAUUUGCUUUACCGCAUUGAUACCCGACUUUACCAUCAGAGCACUGAAAAUUUUCAACAUCAAAGUGCGGCCAACUGAAUCUAUUUCCGAUGGUUGGAAUCGCCUGUUUAAAGAGCAAAAAAACAGCCUUAAUCGAAGCACAAAUAGCAACAGCGAAUCAACCUAUUUAUAAGAUACGGUACCAAUGGUAUUGCUUGAUGUAUCAUCAAGCUUCAAAAUCGUUUUCGGUUUUUUUUUGUUUGUUUGUACCAUGCAUAAUUCGCAUAAUUCUAUCAAGCUAUCAACUUGAAAUCUAAUUUUUCGGAUUCCUGACGACCUGACGACAGGUAUAAUUUUUUUUUUCGAAUACAUUGUCAAUGUAUUAUAAACUGUUAAAACGAAUGACGCAUUCACAAACCACGCUCAUGACAGUGGAACAAUAUGACACAAAAAUAAUGCCACUUUUCAAACGGCGUGAAUUAGUGUUAAUUACUAUUUAGAGAGAAUUUUAGCAACAAUGUGAACAAAGUAUUGAUCAACUAAAGAGUAUAUUUAUAUUAAAUUCGAAUCGAUGAUAUUUUUGUAUGUAAAUUAUAUGAUCAGGGCAUAGCUAUUGAAUGUAUAUUGAAUAUUUAUUUUGAUUAAAAUAAUUUAAUUGAUAUUGGAA